AUGGCGGAUUCAGAACUUUCAGCGAUUUUAACUCACCGGCAGAUUAUCAAUGAAGGAAAUGUGGAUGUUUCUCAACUGCCAAACCGAAAGAAGUAUUUCAAUCCCUACACGGAAUUCAAGGAAUUUUCUUUGAAGGAAAUUAAGGAAUAUGAACGCAUGUUUAAAAAAUUCGAUGUAGGCCAUGACAACUUCAUAGACAUCGAAGAACUUAAAAGAAUGAUGGAACUCCUUGGUGCUCCCCAGACUCAUCUGGCACUCAAAGAAAUGAUCAAAGAAGUUGAUGAAGACUUGGAUAAAAAAAUCAGCUUUAGAGAAUUCCUGCUGAUCUACAGGAAAGCAAAAGCAGGAGAACUGGACUUGAAUGGUGGAUUGUCUCAACUCGCUAAUCUGACUGAAAUAAAUGUUGAAGAAGCUGGAGUCGGAGGUGCCAAAAAUUUCUUUGAAGCCAAAAUUGCUGAACAGACAGCAAGUUCAAAGUUUGAAGAAGAGAUCAGAGCAGAGCAAGAAGAAAGAAAACGGCAAGAGGAAGAAAAGAAGCAAAGAAUUGCCGCAUUUAAAGAAAAGGCUAACUUUUUUAGCCAGACUGCUGCAUAAAAAUCAGGGGGAAAAAUGCUUGUAAGAUAUCUGGAAACAUUAUUUUGAAAAUGGAAACAUUUUUUAUCUUAGGAGCUUUAUUUGUAAAUAUUAGUCUUGUGAUUUUUAUAUGCAUACUUUAAAAGAUGAUGAGUAACUAUUUAGUUUAUGUAUAUGUAAAUAAUUACAGAAUAUUUUAAUAUAUACCUACAUUUUCAUUGUGAAAAUAUUUUUUAAAUAAAUCGUAUUUCAAUGUUU